GUUGUUGAAUAGUAUUGUAUUGACUUGGGGUCAACUCUUAUAAUGGAUCUUUAGCAGAGUUCUAACUCAACACGAAACAAAAACAUCAGUUGGACGAACAGAGAUUCCAGGAGGAGACUUAUGGCUGAGACACUUUUGUCGUUUGGAGUUGAGAAGCUUUGGGACCUCCUUGUCCGAGAAUCUCAGAGAUUUCAAGGAGUUGAAGAGCAGUUUAAUGAAUUAAAAAGUGAUCUGAACAUGUUAAGGUGCUUUUUGGAGGAUGCAGAUGCCAAAAAACAUACAAGUGCAAUGGUCAGAAACAUUGUUAUAGAAAUCAAAGAAAUUGUUUAUGACGCAGAAGAUAUAAUCGAGACAUUUCUUCUGAAGGAAGAUCUCGGUAAAAGAAGUGGCAUCAAGAACAGUGUGAGAAAUUUUUCUAAACGCAUGGGACUUUCUUUCGAUAUUAAAGCCAUAAGUAAGAGGAUUUCUAAGGUGAUCCGUGAUAUGCAUAGUCUUGGGAUACAACAGGUCAUUGUCAACGACAGGUAUAUCGAGUCUUUACAAGAGCGAGAAAGGGAAAUGCGACAAACAUUUCCUAACAUAAAUGAAAGCUUUCUUGUGGGGGUGGAGGAAAACGUUAAGAAAUUGGUCAGUCAUUUGGUGGAGGAUGAAAGCAGUCAAGUGGUCUCUAUAACCGGGAUGGGCGGGAUUGGUAAAACCACCCUCGCAAGACAAAUUUUUAAUCAUGCGACAAUAAAGAGUCAUUUUGUAGGACUCGCGUGGGUAUGUGUUUCACAACAGUUUAUAAGGAAGCAUGUGUGGCAGAUGAUCUUACGGAAACUAAGGCCAGAAUACAAAGUGUUAAAGAUGCCAGAAGAAGAACUUCAAGAAAAACUCUUUCAAGUGUUGGAAACACAAAACGCUUUGAUUGUCCUUGAUGAUAUCUGGAAGGAAGAAGACUGGGACAGAAUAAAACCAAUGUUUCCGCGAGAAAAAGGUUGGAAGGUACUACUUACUUCUCGUAAUGAGGGUGUCGCAUUCCGAGCAGAUCCAAACUGUUACACCUUUAAACCAGAUUUCUUAACUCUCAAAGAGAGUUGGACAAUUUUUCAAAGGAUAGCAUUUUCUAGAGAAAACAAUACUGAAUAUAGAGUUGAUGAUGUAAAAAUGGAAGAGGUAGGUAAGGAGAUGAUCAAACAUUGUGGAGGUUUACCAUUAGCUGUUAAGGUGUUAGGCGGGUUGUUAGCUGCGCAAUACACAUUGCAUGAGUGGAAACGGAUUUAUGAGAACAUUAGAUCUCACAUUGUUGGUGGGACUACGUUCAGUGACAUAAAUAAUAGUUCUGUUUAUAAUGUUCUAUAUAUGAGUUUCGAGGAGCUGCCUGUAUAUUUGAAGCAUUGCUUCCUCUACCUUGCCCAUUUUCCAGAAGAUCAUAUGAUAGAUGUGGGGAAUUUGUCCUACUAUUGGGCUGCAGAAGGAAUUUCAAGACCAAGGUAUUAUGAUAGAGCGACCAUUCGAGAGGUCGGAGAUGAAUACGUAAAAGAAUUGGUGAAGAGAAACAUGGUUAUUUCCGAAAGAGAUGUUGGUACUUCAAGUUUUGAAACGUGUCACUUACAUGACAUGAUGAGAGAAGUUUGUCUUCUUAAAGCUGAAGAAGAGAAUUUCCUACAAACUGUUCUCGACACGUCAACUACAAAUACUAAAUCUCCUUGUAAAUCCCGCAGACUCGCCAUAGGUUUGUCUCGUGGAACAUAUCGCCCGGUGGGGGAGAUGAAGAAUCCAAAACUUAGAUCUCUCUUGUUUAUGAAGAAGCUCAACUGGACGGAUACAAGAUUGUGCUUUACAAGGCUACAAUUGAUGAGGGUUUUAGAUCUCUCUAGAGCCCAUUUUGAAGGAGGGAAGUUACCCUCUAGCAUCGGAAAGCUCAUUCACUUGAAAUACUUGAGUUUAUAUCAGGCACAAGUAUCUCAGCUACCUUCUUCUAUGCAGAAUCUGAAGUUGCUGCUCUAUUUAAACAUAUGUGCACAAGAGAGAUGUUCACUUUACAUGCCAAAUUUCUUGAAAGAACUGCGAGAAUUGAGUUACCUCUCUCUUCCGUGGAGAAUAGAUGAUGACGUAAAGAUUGAUUUGGGUAAUCUAGAAAACCUGGAGACAUUGAUGAACUUCUCAACAAAGCAUGGGAGAGUAAGGGAUCUACAUGAUAUGACACGGCUCAGAGACCUCUCUAUCUUUAUCAAAGGUGGGUGUACUGUGGAAACAUUAUCUUCUUCUCUAAGUGAAUUGAGACACUUGGAAAAUGUUGCUAUAUAUUAUUACAAGAUGUAUGCUCAUACAAAUGACGAAGAAGGCUUAGUUUUGGAUUGUGUUCAGCUUAAACAACUGAAGUUGAGAAUAUAUAUGCCAAGGUUACCUGAUGAACAACACUUUCCCUCUCAUCUUAGAAACAUAUCUCUAACUGAGUGUUGUCUAGAGGAGGAUCCGAUGCCAAUUCUAGGGAAGCUGCUUCACUUAAAUGAGGCCAGUUUAUUGAAUAAAUCUUUCUGUGGGAGGAGAAUUGUUUGCUCGGGCAGUGGGUUUCCUCAGUUGCAAAAGCUAUACUUAUUUGGACUAGAGGAAUGGGAAGAGUGGAUAAUAGAAGAAGGCUCCAUGCCCUUUCUUCAUACUCUGACUAUUCGUAACUGUCAAAAGUUGAAGGAGCUUCCUGAUGGGCUGAGAUUUAUCAUUUCCAUGAAGAAACUAAAUAUCACCUUAGGUAACUGGGAUUUCAAGAGGAAAUUAUCUAAGGGAGGAGAGGAUUACAACAAAAUCCAACACAUUCCUCUUGUUGGAAUUGUAUAGACUCUCCAAUUAUGGACGAAUAAAACAGGUAAUAGUUCUUUACCGAGUUGGCGAGUUCUAUAAUCUGAGAAACAAUUUCAUAAAAGGAAACAAAUGAGUCAUUCACUUGGAUCUCAUGUAGUUUGGAUUUAAGAGAUAUAACAUUUUCUUUUUUGGUAGUAUUUUACACACAAAAUAAAAUUAAUGUUUCCACAA